ACAUUGAGCUAAUGAAACUACUUGUAGAGGAAGAAAGACAUUCUAAAUAGACCAAAAACUUGAGAUCAUUUCUGAAAAAUCUAUUAUUCCUCAUCAACCAUAAUUUGUUGUCGGUCUUCUUAAUAAUUCUCGAGCAUUAAUUGAUAAAUUAGAUUUAUGCCAGAAAAAUAUUAUCUUAUAAUCUUCUUCAUGUGUUUUUCUAAUGCUUCAAUAUUUAGAUGCUAUGUAAUAUGCUUACUGUUAAUGAAUUAACUAAUUGGAAUAUAAACAAUCCAUGAUAUGAUUUCUUCAUCAACAAAUUCGUUUAUAUCUUGUUUCUCUUGUAAUUAUCAAAAUACAAAUAAAAACUUUAUUAGUUUUUUGCACAAAUGAACAAGUAAGUAUUCAUUAAAUCUAUAGGUCAAGAUAUAAUAAUUUUCAUGGCAUUUUAUCACGAUAAAGAAAAAGCCUUUUUUUCUUUUCUAUUUAAGCGCUUUUUUUUUGUUUUCUAGUGGUCUUGUUAUGCCUCAGUUUCAAAAUCAUUAAAAUAUAGAACAUCAAGUACAACACGUCCUGGUCGACGAUUAUUAUGUAUAUCUCAAGUAGCAUUAGGAGAUUCAGAUAAAUUCUAUUCCUAUGCACCAAACUUAAUUCAAACACUUGAACAUUUUCAUAAUGAUGAAUAUGCUGUUUAUAAUCUUGAUCAAUUACGAUUGCUCUAUCUUGUUGAACUUUCAUCGAUGCCCAAUGAUAGUAUUUUUCCAUCACCAAAAUGA